UGCUUCUACUUUAUCGAUAACAUUCGCGGAAGCUCAGCCUGCACGCAAUCCAACAAAGAUGGGAUGCCAUCAUCUGAUGACCGAUCAACGGUCAGAUCCGAACGGGUUGAACAUGCAGACAGACGUAUAUACAUCCAUAUAUACGCGCGCUUUCGCGCAUAUAUCCUCUCAUUUAUCAUCUAAAAAUUUGGAGCCCUAAUUUCUUCAGGAGAAUUCAGCUAUUCUUUCCCUCGCAAUAGCUAAGUCAGCCAUGCUAAUUUAAGGAUGGAUGACUAAGAAAACAAGUAAGGCAAGAAUCCCUCAAAGAAGCUUAUAAGAAAGGACUCAAAAGCUUUGAGAAUUCAUGGCUUUCUUGGCAACUGCCGAAAUUUGUGAUUCAAACGCAUCUCAUCUUGCGAGUGGCGACUUGCGGGUCCUGCAUCCGGUAUUUCAGAUCUAUGGGCAAUGCCGUUCAUUUUCAGGCCCUAUUGUUACUCUUAAGGUGUUUGAGGACAAUGUGUUGGUGAGAGAGCUUCUCGAGAGCCGGGGCGAAGGCAGAGUCUUGGUAAUAGAUGGUGGUGGGAGCAUGAGGUGUGCCUUGGUGGGAGGGAAUUUGGCGCAGCUAGCUCAGAAUAUGAAUUGGGCUGGCAUUAUUGUAAAUGGUUGCAUUAGAGAUGUCGAUGAGAUCAACGGCUGCGAUGUUGGGGUCCGAGCAUUGGCGACACACCCUCAGAAAUCCGGCAAGAAGGGCAUUGGCGAGAAACAUGUGCCUGUUUAUGUAGGCGGAACUUUAAUUCGCGAUGGGGAAUGGUUGUAUGCUGAUAGUGAUGGUGUUCUCAUUUCAAAAAGUGAGCUCUCUAUCUGAAGUUCUUAAUACUCUGUUGGGUUCUUGCAAUUGAUCUACAUUGAACUGUGGUGAUGCUUUGAUCAUUGCACACAACCUCAUUCUCAUUCACUCUUUUAUGGUGUAUCUAUCUAGUUUAUCCAACAUUGUUGUCUGUUUAGGUAUGUUUAAUUUACAUCCAAAAACUGAUUUAUUAUACCGGAUAACGUACAUAAUUUUGCUUGAUUA